AUGAAUAGCCGCGGGAAGCCAGUAGCGUCAUGUGCUAGUUCGACCGACUGGCGAUGGGAGCAUAGGCGCUGGGGACGCCAUGCCAGGCCUCCAGAUAUGGCUUGUCGCGUCCAUUCUCCAAGGCAAGGAGUUCGUCUGGUAUUCGCGACCGCCAUUCUUGCGGCUGUGCGCCCGAUUGGAAGCCCAAGACCGGACGAAGCGGAAAAAGAAAGUGUCAUGAUGGGUAUUGAUCUUCUUGGCAUGCGCGGGAAGAAGCGUCUCGAAAGCCCUUGA